AUAUAUCGAGUGGAAACGCAUCAGUAUUUUCCGAAAUAUCAUCGAUUAUUUGUGCGAAAAGUAACCUUGUCUACGGAUUCUGCAGAUGGGAGUAUCAUACAGGAGUCGUCAUAAGAUUGAGAUCAAUCUCGUGUUUUUUAUAACUCCGCUGCUGCGCAUUGACUUAGCUCACCCGCUAAUCCCGCGAAGAAUCCGUUACUAACACAAAAAUGCAUCUUUAAUUAAAUCGCGCUACAAAAACUUUAGCCGUUGACUGGUCAUCGCCAACGUCAUCAUUCACCGAUCGUAGCGCGAUCGUUCCGGAACGAUCAUGCAAAUCCUCGAAAAUGCGCAGGACCAGCAGCAAUGGCCUCAAGCUCGACCUGACGGAGAACACGCCAGGUAGCUCGUUGUCGCGGCUGCCAAAUCUGGUCGAGCAUGCGGAGACUUGCCAGGCACUGUCCGCCGGAACUGGUGAGAAUUUGAGCAGCAAAUUGCCUAACGUGGUUGAAGGCUCGAUGGACUAUGGUAGCGAGCGUAGGUCCUCCCGUUACCUGGAGUACCAAGAGAUCAAGUCCUAUCAAGAUCCUCAAUCGUCCGCCUCAGCGGCGCCGGCCUAUCACGAGGGUGCCUACCACGAUCAGUCGAGGGGAUACCGGAAUUACGAUCGAAAGGCGGGCGUCGGCUUCGAUCGAGAGAACCUCGAAAGGUUCGAUAAUAGGAUCUAUCCGGAAGACGGACUGAGAUACGCCGAUCGUCGCGCGGAUCAGCGAACUUACCAGGAAUCAGACCUGGAUGCGCCUUACGAUCGUAACGACGCGCAGAAGCUUAGCAGGGCUUAUCCGGAGCUACCGGACUCGAGCAGACGAUACUCGCGGGAUUUGACCGACUACGAGUACGCGUCGCGUUAUGCCGAGGAGACAUUGAAGCUGGAGCCAAAGAAGGAUCAUCUCCAUCAUCAUCCGGGCAAGAUCUACGAGUCAGCCGCCUCCAAGGGUUACGAGUCAGGCGUGAAGACUCAUGAUUCUGCUUACGAUCUUGCCUGCUCCGGACAGCAAGAACCACCAGCCAGACAAUAUGAGAGCAAGUAUCACUCGGUUAGCAAGAUGUACGGCACUUUGCCCAGGUACGAGAGCAGCAAGUCCUACGAGCCGACAUAUGAGCCCAGGCCUACCUACGAGCCCAAGUACGACGAGCAGACGUACGAGGGCGGUAGCAAGGGUAGUUACGAGCCUAAGUACGGGUUAACGAGCUCCAAGAGCUAUGAAAGAUCCAAGUACGAAGGCACGACGUCAUCCAGGUACCAGGACAAGUCUUACGAUCAGACCCUGAAGAUUGGCGAGCUGGGCUCGUCCUCGUCCGGUGCGUAUGCCAGGAAGCAUCAGGAUCAGGAAGAGACUAGCGCGGAAAAGAUGAAUGGAUACAGGAAGAGUAAUUUCGAAGCCUAUGGAGUCUAUUCGGAUCCUGAAGACGAUCACGGUUUCUUGGCGGACAAGAAGGCGCCUCAGUACACUUAUAAAGGCGUCGUGGUAAAUGUUAGCGGUGAGUCCGCCGUAGUCGACCAGAAACGGUCCAAGGAUAGUAGACAAACUGAGGUAAUCAGAAGUCCUUGGUGCAGGCCGACUAUACUACUGCUCCUGCUGGUGCUGCUGGUCGUCAUCUUUGUCUUCGUCGCUGGAAUAUUAUUGUAUUUCAAUUACUUGUCCUACAACCCGCGUCCGCCCAUUAUCGAGGGUAAGGAUCUAAAUUUCGCCAGUAGUAACGCGGAACCUUGCGAGAAGACUUACUGUGCUUGGGGCGCGACGUGCGUCGUGUCCGAAAACGGCAAGCCUCAGUGUCAAUGUCCCGAGAAUUGUCCUUUGACUUCCGAUCCUGUCUGCGGCUCCGACGACGUGACCUACACGAACUACUGUCACUUACAACAGGCGAGCUGCCACAAGAGGAAAAAAACUAGGGUGAAAUAUCAGGGCGCAUGCGAGAUCAAGGAUCCCUGCACGAAGCUGAAUUGCUCGCAGGGCUCGCAAUGUGUGCGAAGCAGGGACGGCAAGGAGGCGACUUGCGAAUGCUUGGAAUCUUGCCCAAAUUUAGGGGAUCACGAGGGCUCGGGACCUGUGUGCGGCACGGAUGGGAUCGACUAUCCGACGUUGUGCGAUCUAAAUCGAGUCGCCUGUACGAAAGGUGCUAACAUCACCGUGGCAUUUCGCGGUAAAUGCGAUCCCUGCGGAAGCGUCGAGUGCGUAGAACCGGAAAUCUGUCAGCUGGACGGUUCGAGGCAACCGGCCUGUCGCUGCGGGGAACAAUGCGGCCUCGAAUUUUCACCGGUAUGCGGAAGUGAUGGGAAAACGUAUUCGAACGAGUGCGGCCUUCGGCAAGAAGCCUGUCGAUCGAGAUUACCGCUCAAGAAAAUCUACAACGGCGCCUGCAGCUCCGGACAAAAUCCUUGCGAAGCGGCAAAGUGCAGCUUCUACGAACAAUGCGCGAUCAAUCGUCAAGGGAUCGCCAACUGCGAAUGCGGCCCCGAAUGUGAGCCGGUGAUGAGACCCGUGUGCGCCCGUGGCGGCACCACCUACACGUCCAUGUGCGAGCUGAAGAGGCAGGCGUGCCUGACAAGGAGCAACAUCGAGGUCGCUUACGUCGGCACGUGCGGCUCCAGAGGACCCUGUUCUGAGAAGGUGUGCCAGUGGGGCGCAAUUUGCGCGGAGAACGGCGGCAAUGCUAUGUGCGAAUGUCCGACUUGUCCGGCAGAAUUUCAGCCUGUGUGCGGCGAUGAUGGCAUCAGCUACAGCAACGAGUGUAAGCUUCGCUUGGAGGCAUGUCAGCAUCGACGGGAGAUACGCGUUUUGUAUCAAGGAUUGUGCAAUGGCUGCGAGAACAAGAAGUGCGAAUUUUACGGUGAAUGCGAAAGUGACAGCGCCGGAGAAGCCAAAUGCGUCUGUCCUUCGAAAUGUGAGAGUGCGGUGGCAGAGCCGGCGGGCGCGGGGAAGGUUUGCGGAUCCAAUGGAGUGACCUACGAUAAUGAAUGCGCCUUGAAAAGAGCGUCGUGCACGAGCCAGACCCUCAUCACCAUUAGCUACGUGGGUGACUGUGAAAUGUGUACGAGGGUGAAGUGCGAUCACGGGGCGCAUUGCGUGGCGGGUGUGUGCGUGUGCCCGAAGGUCUGCCCGGAGAGCAACGGCGAGCUUGUUUGCGGUAGCGACGUGAAAACUUAUCAGUCUGAGUGCGAGCUGCAGCGAGCAGCCUGCGACAGGGACCCCAAGUUGCCGGCGUUGCACGUCACGUUUUACGGGGACUGCGGCGACAGAUUGGCCGUGGCGGCGUUGACGACCAAGUCGACACUCGCGGUGACACGCGUGGCCACCACCAUCGCCGACAUGACGAGCACGCAGGAGCGCGAGGCCUGCAAGGACAUUCACUGCGACUUCGAGGCGACCUGCGAGCUCGGCCCGGACAGGUUCCCCAGAUGCAGCUGCAGAUUCGACUGCGCCUCCAUCUCGCCGGAGAAUAUGCGGCCCGUUUGCGGUAGUGACCUCAGGAUCUACUCCUCCCUCUGCGCCAUGAAGAUGGAGGCUUGUCAGAGGCAGCAGGAGCUCCGACUGAGGCCCCUCGAUCUCUGCGAAGGCAUGGAAGUCAAGCCUUGCAACGGCGAUCCUCCAUUGGUAGACUCCGAGGGGAAAGAAUACGACUGCGGUAGUGGACCAGAACGCAAAGACUGCCCUAGCAAUAGUUACUGUCAUCAGACGACACGAUUCGCUCGUUGCUGCAAGAAAGUCCUAGGCCACCAGGUGCAAAAAUGCGCGGACUCGUGGCACGGCUGUUGCCCGGACGGGAAGACCGCCGCUCUCGGGCCGGACGGCGCCGGUUGCCCGAGCUUAUGCAAUUGCAACAGGCUCGGCAGUGUGUCAGAUACCUGCAACCCGGAAACUGGUCAAUGCGAAUGCAGGCCAGGCGUGGGCGGCCUCAAGUGUGACAGAUGCAUGCCGGGUUACUGGGGACUGCCGAAAAUAAGCGAGGGCCAUCAGGGAUGCAUACCGUGCGGCUGCUCGCUAUUCGGUUCCGUUAGAGAGGAUUGCGAGCAGAUGACAGGACGUUGCGUCUGCAAGCCUGACAUCCAGGGUCAAAAAUGCACAAUCUGCAACGACCACAAUAAGAUACUCACCCCCACCGGAUGUUACUCAGCGGACACGAUACCGCCCAUACCUACGUCCUGCAACGAGCUGGAAUGCUACUCGGGCGGCCACUGCACCGAGCUCGGCGGCGCGCACUGCGACUGUCCGUCCUCGUGCCCGGCGGACAUGCCGUCCUUGCCGGUUUGCGGCAGCGACGGUCAAACUUACGACAACGAGUGCGAGCUAAGGCUGUACGCGUGCCGCCACCAGGCCGACGUGGUCACGCAGGCCUUCGGCCACUGCAGAGACGACCCUAUGGUUAACACGGACUUCCCUGUUAAGAGAUACACAGCUGUACAAUAUACCCAACCUGCGGCCGCUAUUUCUCCGUUGUCCAAGUCCACGCGGCAUCUCUUGGUACCGGAGCCGGAUCCACGAUAUUAUUACACUCAUCGAGUUCAAGAGACCAUCGACAGAGAUAAUUUAAAACAUGGAGUAGCCGCGGCGUAUCGACCGACCCCAGCGACGAUUCGAGUGAUCACCGCUCUUCUGGGUGAUAUUUGUAACGAUGACAAGGAUUGCACAAUACCUAAUAGCGAAUGCUCAAACGGCGGCUGCAUCUGUUCCGAGGGCUAUGCGGAAACUAGUGAUCGGCAGGAAUGCUUUGCCAAUUACGUGCCGGUGACGCCGACCGAGGAAUUUCGCGCCUGCCUCUCGUAUCCCUGUCACAUGACCUCGACGUGCAUCGACUUACCCAGCGCAACUUUCGUCUGUAUCUGCCGGCCAAAUUAUACCGGACUGCUGUGCGACGAGGAGAUCAACAAGCGGGAUUACGAGAUACCGUCCUUUGACGGUAAAAGCUACGUCAGGAUGAGUCGGCUGAAAGCGUAUCACAAAUUCAGCAUCGAGGUCGAGUUCAAAACAUACGCGGACAACGGAAUCAUACUGUACAAUCAGCAGAAGAGCGACGGCACCGGCGACUUUGUUUCGCUGGCUAUUGUCGACGGAUAUGUGCAAUUCAGAUAUAAUUUGGGAAACGGACCUGUAGUUCUUACGUCAUCGGAAAGAGUGACCAUGAAGACCUUCCAUAGAGCGGCGGCUAAGAGAUACCAUAAGGACGGAGUGCUGAUCUUUAACGACGGCGAGGAUGUAGCCGGGCAAAGUCAAGGAAUGCUGAAGUCACUGGAUCUGAAUCAAGACACUUUCAUCGGAAACAUGCCGACUAAUUACACCAAAGUGUACGAUAACAUCGGUACCAGUCACGGAUUUCUCGGCUGCAUCCGCAAGCUGAAGAUUAAUCGGAUCAACGUGGAUCUCCACGUGGGUCGCGACAAGGACGUCCUCGAGAGUUACCGCGUGAAGGAGUGCGGUGACAAUGCCUGCGCCAAUUUGCCCUGUCAAAACGGCGCGACGUGCCAGCCGAUCUUCGAGGAGGAUCUGUGUAAUGGUCGGGAGUGCAGGAGGAUCCAAAAAAGAGGCAGAAGCAGGAACAAUCGGGGCGGGAAGGGCGGGGUGAACAUAGUCAGAUGCCGUGGUUCUCAUUGCACGUCGAUCGAGAAGACGAGGACCAAGAAGAACGCGAGGAAGCGCUGCGUCUCCGGCAAGUGCGAUUACGAUUACGAGCCGAAGUACGAGAACGAUUACGACCAUGGCAAUUACGCGGUGGAGAAGUACGAUCCGCCGGACUACAGAUGCAUUUGUCCGCCGCAAUUCACCGGCCGAAACUGCGAGGAAUCGCUCGACCCCUGCAUCGGCGAGCCUUGCCAGCACGGUGCCACCUGCGACAUCCUGCCGCAGGGAGGAUACGUGUGCAAGUGUCCUCCUGGUAGAACUGGCGUACAUUGCGAGAUCCUGGACGCUGAAUUGACGGAAUUACUGAUUCCCGAGAUGAACGGUAACGGAUAUCUGGAGCUGCCUUGCCUGGAAGGCAUCGCGAAAGCGUUCUCCAUCGAACUAUGGUUUCUCAGUCGCGCGAACGACGGUCUUCUGCUUUACAACGGCCAAUUAAACAACGGCAGGGGCGAUUUCAUAAGUCUGAACCUGGUCCAUGGCAGGCUCGAGUUCAGAUUCAAUCUCGGAAGCGGUAUCGCGAAUAUUACGUCGCCUGAUCCGGUCAGUCGCGAUAUCUGGCAUUGCGUGAGAAUCAGCAGACUCGGUAGAGAGGGAGUACUUCAGCUCGACGAUGGAAUCGUCGCUAGAGGAUUAUCUGGAAGUCCUCUCACGGAAUUGAAUCUGGAAAUGCCGCUUUACGUCGGUGGAGUCAAACACUGGCGGGAAGUUCAUCGCCUGUCCGGAGCCUGGACCGGAUUGGUAGGCGCCGUGCAGAGACUAAUGGUAAACGGCAAAACAUAUCAGAAUCUCGCGGUGAAUAUUACUCAACACAACACGGAGAUUUACGACGGUCUACCGUGUCCCAGCAAUGAGAAUCCUUGCCACAACGGCGGAGUCUGCCUUCCACUUCUCAACAGUUACCUCUGCAAGUGCGCCAAUGGUUAUAACGGUCUGCAUUGCGAAUACUUUAUGGGUUACGAUGUGUCUGGCACCGAGAUAUCGGAGCGACCUGUGCGUUUCGAAGGUGAUAAUUUCCUGCAAUUCAAGCAUCGCUACGGAAGAAGUACUAACUCGACUAACACUACCCUCGGCGAGUACUUUGAGGAGUCCUACUCCGACUACGACUUGGAGGAGGAUAUCGACUACGAGUACGACAGUUACGAUUACACGGAACGCAGGGGACAGCAAUCGAACAAGUUCGAAUUGCGGUUGAGAACGGUACAUCCCGAGGGUCUCAUCGCGUGGGUAGGAAGAGGAAAAUUGGAACAUUUCUUUUUGUCUUUGCAUGGCGGUCACGUAAUGCUCACUUACAAGAGCAAGAUUGAAAAUGUAUCCGUAAAGAGCAAGGAAAGAGUGGACGACGGAGUUUUUCACCACAUCCGGGCAUCUCGUCGACGGAAAGCUUGUACGCUCCAAAUCGACGAGCACGCGCCCGUCAAGAUCUCGAUGGAAACGACAUUUUUGACAACCAACGGCAAGCUCUUCGUCGGCGGCAAACCCGGUCAUCCCGGCAUCAAGGGCUGCGUGACGGAUUUCAUUGUCGAUAAACGGCGAUUGCCAUUGGCCAGACGAAAGAUCGAUUUCUGCCACGAUAACGAUGUAUGAUAACGAACCCCGAGUUCGACGAUCGUCAACGCGACGUCGACAUUAAAGAACCCCGUCGACCUGACGACGACGAGCGAAUUAAUCGCGCGAUUUGAACGCGAAUCUUCGUAAAAGUAAUAACGCAUCGCGUCGGGCUAAGAUCGACAAUCGCCUAAACGCCGACAACGAUAAACAUGAUAACGAAUUUCGACGAUAAUCAACCCCCAUUGAAGACUCAGUGAGCGUCCCUGCUUUUCCCGUAGCGAAUUAAUAAACUGAAUGUAAACUAUAAGGAGAAGCGAUGACCGACGCAAAGUGUAAAAGAAUCAUGUUCAAUCCAAUCCGAUUGUGACGUGUUGAUUCCUGCCAGAGUACGAAGAUUUGGACCACGUCCGUGCGAAUGGUCCUCGAUAUAGUGCGUCUUAAAAAAAAAAUUAAAGCCUCAUUCCUGACAUUAUAUCUUUGGAGGAAUGAAAAUUCUCACACAAGAAUGGAAAUCAGAAAACUUUGCUCAGAAGUCUGAUAUGCAUUUUCUGUGCGAUGAUUAUGACAAUAGAAUCAGAGUUACAGAGAUUCGAACUAAAAAUCUGACUGCAUCUCUCAAGAAUGAUUUUCGAGAUAUUUUUAGAAAAACAAGAGCUCGAAUGCGAAAAAGAAACCGGAUUAAGACCGGAGAAUCUCCAGUCUUUAAUAUAGUGUUAUGUCUCGUUGAUAUAACAAGGAUCGAGAGUCUAGAAUUCUGACCAGUAAUGGCAUUAUUCGUUUAAAAGUCUGAAACCAGAAACCGGAAUGAGAACCAAAAACCUUCCAUUUUAAGAUACUGCGUGUCUGCUUAAGAAGAUACUACGCUACCGAAGAGUUUCAGUGACCCUGUCGUGUGAAAUAUGCGGAGACUAUUAGAAUUUUUACCGGCGUAUCUUAGGAACUUGUCGAGUACUACCUUCUCUCAUAGGGCCAUCCAAUAAAUAAGAAAUAAGGAAUUAGAAGAAGUACUCUCAAUCUAGUGAUGCAGUAUUCAAUCACUCGCUAUUCUUCGAGCCGACCACAAGUAUCGAGGCUUAAGUGUAGAGGAAAGCUGCAAGAUCGAUCGACUCGCGAUUAUUUCACGUUAUCAUCCGGAUAUCGAAGAUUAAUCAUCGCAAUCGCAGUCGCACGAGAAUGAAGAAGAAAAAAGGAACAAACGGUGAACUAAGUGCUACAUUCUCAUCGAAAGACAAUAAUAUAUUUUUAAGGUAAUGAGAUUAAUAUACAUAUGAAUACGUAUAUAUAUAUUUACAUAUAUAUAUAUAUAUAUAUAUAUAUAUAUAUAUAUAUAUAUAUGUACAAAUCUAUCUCUGUAUACGCGUAUGUGGCGGACGUGUGUGUGCGCGCACAUUUAGCGAAUUUAGAGAGGAGAGAAGCGAGGUCGCUUCUGAAGUGGCCGUCGUGUUAUAGAAUCUAUACUUAUAAGUUGUACCGAAGCACAUCUAAACGUUUUACAACCAUGCCAAGACUGAUUAAAGCAGACGCGAACGGACGACGAAAUAAAAAAAAAACAAAAAAAAAACAAAAACAAAAACAAAGAGAAACGACGA